AAAAGUUACGACGUUAAAAAUGUUCAAACUGGCCACUAAACACUUGAUGCCGUUUACGAACUUCGAGAAUACUUCAGAAACAUCACACGUCAUUAUGCUGGAUGACGUAAUGGCUUUUCUCGCAAUUUCAAAACGAGGUGAAAUGAUUCCGCACGAAUCCGCCAUCUUGGACGGAUGUCAGCGAGACCCUGGGCUCCUUUGCUGUGGACCACCGAGACACAGAAAGAGUGUGGGAGUGAGGGAGGGGGAAGUAGGAGGAGGAGGAGGAGGGUAUCUUCUCGCAGCCACGGCGUUUGACUGGAGGGUGGAGACUGGGAGCGGCGGCGAGGAAGGGAAGCAGGGAGGAUCUCAACCGGAGCAGGGAAGGAGGGAGAGGACGGUGUGGAUGGUAGCCGGACUCGCUUGUGUGUCCAUCCUGAAAGCGGGAGUUCCGGAUUCAUCUUUGUUGGGAAAAAGACUCCGACUAAACAUCAGGAAAGCCUCAAAGUUCUUGACUCAAAGCGCUGACUCUAGCUGCAGACCCCGAGGUGGAGCGCGGCGGCCGGCGUGAGCAGACCAGAUCCGACAGAGGGCGCCUAUGGCGAGCAAUAACACGGCCAGCAUCGCACAAGCCAGGAAACUGGUGGAGCAGCUCAAGAUGGAGGCCAACAUCGACAGGAUAAAGGUGUCGAAAGCGGCCGCCGACUUGAUGUCCUACUGCGAAGCUCACGCCAAAGAGGACCCGCUGCUCUCACCCGUGCCGGCCUCGGAGAACCCGUUCAGGGAGAAGAAGUUCUUCUGCGCUAUCUUGUAAAGGCGGGACUUUGAACGCGGACGACGUUCAAGCGAAAAAUACGAGAGGAAGAAAGAAAAAAAUGUAGACAUCUUCUAGUCGUGUCAUACGAAGAUGAGAACCGUGGUAAAACAUUGAAGGUCGCGGUGGCGUCUUUUUUUGCGAGGGGGGUGGGGUGGGGGGUAGCAUGUUGACGGGGAGGGUGACCAUGAUGAAGAUGCUAAAAGGGGGAUGAUGAUGAUGAUGGACGACUCUACAGGCUGUGAUGUGUACAAAACUAGUUCCAAUGAAAAGUCAUAUUUUGUGCUUUUGUUGAGCUCUUUGGACGUGUGUGUGUGUGUGUGUGUGUGUGUGUGUGUGUGUGUGUGUGUGUGUGUGUGUGUGUGUGUGCGUGCGCGCGCGCGCGUGUGUGGUCGACUGCUGACGAGUGGUGGGCAAAACCGUUGGGCAAAACCGUUCAUUUCAGUGAACCGGAUCAUUACAGUUAAUUCAGUAAAAAGAUCCGUUCAUUUCGGUCAAUUGGUCGUUAGCCUGUGAUCCCCCCUCCCACCCCCCGUGCAUACACCCGAUCAGUCGUGUCGAGUCAGUCCGUUCACUCAUGUUCACGUUCGCUCCGACUCAACAGUGCAACAACACGUGACGACAAGUGGUGUGUCAGUCAUGAACGAACUGGUCAAAAGAACUAGUUCUUUCUUUGUGAACGAAAUGAACGCGGUCACAGACAGUGUCGGUCAAUCUCUCGAUCUCGGUCUUUCAGUCAGCUAACCCCACCCACAGAGCGAGGCGCGACGAUUCAUUCCAUCCACAAAAAAGAACUAGUUCUUUUGACCCGUUCGUUCAUGACCGACACACCACAACUGCUGACUAAACUAGACCCCACUUUGAUGGCUGAAAUGCUGGUUUCUUUGUUUUGCCGCUUUCUUAUCGUCUUACCGUACCCUCACUUCCUAUCUUUGUAUAACGCUAAUAUGUGCUUGAAGAUUUUUUGUCUCCUACCCGCAAAGUUUUGGUUUCCAGGGGAACGUUUGGAAGACUCUUCACAUGUAACUGGGUGCGUGUGUGUGUGUGUGUGUGUGUGUGUGUGUGUGUGUGUGUGAGAGAGAGAGAGAGAGAGAGAGAGAGAGAGAGUAUGAACAUCUGUCUGACCAACGUCAUCACGUCCGACUCCUUCUGCCACACAAACAUUCUUUCUACUCUUUGUACAAAACAAUACGCAAAAUAAACUGUGAUGUGCUGUAAAGUAUUGGCCUUUACUUCUUGAAAAUAUCUUUAGUCUUUAGCUGUGUCCUUUUUUGUCCGGAUUUGGGGCGCCCCCUGGUGGACCGGGUGGCGAACGGGCAGCACCAACACAGGACAGUUAAACGAUAAUGUGGUUUGGUCGACAACAGCAACAAUAGUAUCUAAAUAAAUUAGCAU